AUGGAUAUUCAAGAGAAACGUGUAGAGACAAAGGAAAAGAGUGAAGAAAAGAACGUCGAACAAGCGAAUAAUCCGUCGAACGAUCCUCCGGGAGGUGGCCGUUACAACUUUCGCAGACGCGUUGCAACAAUCAAGGCUCAGAAAUCGGAAGACGUUGUCUCGACCUCGCAAAUCAAUUUGACUCAAAAGAGAAAGGAUUUUUCCGGUCUGCCUCGCCAUCUACAAGAACUGGUGCUCUUGAAGACUAACGUCAACACGCGAUUGCAGCUCCUUCAAACCAACAAACAGCUGCUGAAAUGGACACGUCAAGAAGGAUUAUUCCCUCGCGAUUUGGAGAAGCUUUCGCUCCACUACGGUACAAUGUUGCUGACGACGCGCGACCUGCAAUUGUACGAGUUGAAAGGAAAACGCAGACGGUUAAUCAAGUCGACGCGGAUUGCUCGCUUACUGGAGGUACAAUUCGAGCAAGGUAACUUCGAGAUGCGCACUGCGUUGCCACACCUGGCCAUGGUGUUUGAUGCAAAGGUCUACGUGGCGUCAUUUGAAAAGUUUCGCGCAACUUUUCUGGACACGUCUUUCAAGAUCCGCCGAGCGUUGCUUUUUGAAUUUUCUUAUCUUGAUGAACAACUGGUGAACACUACUGCUCAAGAUGUCGAAAGUAUGCUCCAGUUUAUUGACCAACACAAUGACGGUGUCAAGUUCAUCGACUUCGACCUUUUCCCGCUGAAAAAAGUGUUUGAUUGGUUGAAGACGCAGCGCUUUCAUUUCGCAAGUUUUGCGAUGCCCGAUUGGGGGUUUCCUGCGUUCGAAGAGGCACUCAACUUGGUGCUUAAGGAUGGAGUGCCAGGUGUAGGCGAUAAUACAAUUCUUGCUUUACGCCUUUUCGAUGAUUCAACUGGUGCAGUAAAUGUCAUGAGAAUCAUCACCAACAAAAAGCCAAUCAUCGUCUCUCAAACGACCGCGAUUUAUCAACAAUUCCGUAGUGCGCUUCGCGAUGCGCCUGAAUCAAUGCAGCCCUGGGCUAUGAACCCCGAGACGCUCGGUUUCAAGCAAGAGUUCGACAAGGAAAAGAAUCUCGUCUAUCUCAUAAAUCAAGAAGAUGACGAACUUUGUUUGCUGAUCAAAUUUGAGCCAAUUCUAGCUCCAAUUGUUCCUUUUGUUGUU